AUUUUGGCUUCAAAAACCUUAUCUCAAAUUACGCACUCGCUAUUUAAAAUUGAAUUAGCUUUUCAUUAAAAUAAAUAAUAACUUUAUAAAAAUUUUCAUAUUGCUGCCUUAUUUUAUUGUUUGUUGGUAUUAAAAUAGAUUAAAAAUAGCUUUCUCUUAGCGUUCGUGUAAAGAAAUUGAAUUACAUAACCUUUUUCAUAAUCUAUAAUUAGAUAUAAAACGACAAAAUAAAAAAUGUUCCGAUUAAAUCGUCAAUGUUUACACAAUUUUCAAACUUACUUUGCUUAUCAGAAGAUUGUUCAGAGGCAGCCAGUCAGAUCGUUGAAUCUUUUGGAAUAUCAAAGCAAAGAUCUCUUACAAAAUGCUGGAGUAUCAAUACAAGAAUUUCGUGUUUUGGAUGAAAAAAAAGAUUUCUCCGACUUAAAGGAAUUUAAAUGUCCAGAGUAUGUUGUUAAAGCACAAAUUUUGGCUGGAGGGCGAGGCAAAGGUCACUUUGAUAAUGGAUUUAAAGGUGGCGUCCAUAUUACAAACAAGUAAGAAGAAGUUGCAGAUUUAAUUGAAAAAAUGAUCGGUAAAAGAUUAAUUACAAAACAGACUCCAAAAGAAGGUAUUUUAGUAAGAAAGGUUAUGGUAGCCAGAAGUGUAAAUAUAAUUCGUGAAACUUACCUUUGUAUCUUGAUGGAUCGUGAAAGUAAUGGACCUGUUGUUAUUGCUUCUCCAGCUGGAGGUGUCGAUAUUGAGGCUGUAGCGGAAGAAACUCCUGAAAAAAUAUUAAAACUUCCAGUAGAUAUAAAAGAAGGAUUAACUCAGGAACAAGGUUUAAAAAUUGCGAAAUUUCUUGAAUUUAAAACUGAUGAAAUGAUAAAUAAAGCCUCAUCUGAAAUUUUAAAACUAUGGAAUCUUUUCAAAAGUGUUGAUGCUGUACAAAUUGAAAUUAAUCCAUUGGCUGAAACCGAUUCAAAAGAAGUAAUAUCAGUUGAUGCCAAAUUGAAUUUUGACGAUAAUGCAGAAUUUCGCCAAAAGAAAAUUUUUGAAAUGGAAAAUACAGAUGAAUCAGAUCCUAGAGAAGUUGAAGCAUCAAAAAAUAACUUAAAUUAUGUUGCAAUGGAUGGUAAUAUUGGUUGUUUGGUAAACGGUGCUGGUUUAGCUAUGGCAACAAUGGAUAUUAUAAAAUUAAAUGGAGGAAGUCCAGCAAAUUUCUUAGAUGUGGGUGGUGGCGUUAAAGAAGAUCAAGUUCUUAAAGCUUUUCAAAUUCUUACUAAUGAUAAAAAUGUCAAAGCAAUUUUGGUGAAUGUUUUCGGCGGAAUUGUCAAUUGUGAAACUAUUGCUCGUGGUGUUAUAAACGCCAGUAAAAAAUUAGAUUUAAAACUACCUCUUAUAGUAAGAUUAGCUGGUACAAAUGCUGUGCAAGCAAAUGAGCUACUGCGAAAUUCAAAACUAAAAAUAGAAACAGCUAUCGAUUUAGAUGAUGCUGCUAGAAAAGCUGUGCGAUCUUUACAAUGAAAUUUUAAAAAGAUUUUUAAUUUAUCCUUUAUAAUUAAGGAUAGAAUACACAUAAGACUUAAUGAACUCAGUAAUUUUACCUCCUUUAUCGCAUUUUUUUUUAAAUAUGGUUAAUAAAAUUGUACAUUAA